ACUGUAGAGUCUGGAUGUGUGUCUUCAGACAACAGUCUUUUACUGUUCUGCCUACUUAAAAAUAAAAUGGAAGAGCAAAUCCUCCCUGGCAAACUAGGAGAUGCUCAAUUUUGGGAUUAUAUAGAGUUUGCAUUGAAGAUAAACUGGGCUGGGGGGCAUGGGUUUUGACACAAAACAUGUGGCUUUAUUCCCAUGGACAGACAAUGCAGCGGAAUUGGGGAUUACUGAAGGCUGUGGGACUGUCCUCCCUCACUUGCCAUCUUCUCCUCGAUUCAGAGCACAGGGAAUUGUUGUGGCAAUAACAUCACUGCAAUUUGUGCCUGAUAGUGAAAGAAUAAAUGAUUUCUUCUCCCAGAAAGACAGAAGGUGUUUGUGUUGGGUUUGGGCUUUUUUAAAAACGUUGUUGUUUGGUGUUUUUUUUAAGCUAAAUAAAAAAUCCUCUGUGAGUCAUUUUAGGCUCUCACAGAAACUUGAAUGUGCUAAAUGAGUAGGUUCCCCUAGCUGAGCCAAUGGGGAUGGCCAGGCACAGGCAACACUUUUAUCCCACGAAAGGGAGGAGGGGUGAAUGAGCCAGAAGAUAUAAGCUGAAACAAAGCCAUGCUGUCCUUCUGAGUCAUUCGCACACACUGGAUGGGUAAGGCUUCCUGCUUCCUGGGACACACAAGUGGGGUCAUGAUUCUAACAAUGGAUGCUGAUUUUGCCAAAGGAAACUCAAUCAGAUUUAAGCCUUCACGACUGCUCCUAAGGAAGAGAGCGUUAAGUUUUCAGAAGGAGUUCUCAUUUGAAGAUAAAGAAGAGCUUUCGAACAGCACAAAGGAUAUUGAUGCUAAUCUCUUAGCAGUACUUCCAAAAGUUUCAGAAUUAAGAAAACUCUUUGAACCAAACAACCGAGAUUUUUUGGAAAUGAAAAGAAAAGAAAGAAUAGCUAGGCGCUUAGAGGGAAUUGAAAAUGAUACACAACCUAUGCUUCUACAAAACUGCCCAGGAUCAGUCACACACCGUUUACUAGAGGAAGAUACACCAAGAUAUAUGCGUGCAACUGACCCAUACAGCCCCCACUUAGGCAGAUCAAAUGAAGAGGAGGAAACUUCAGAUUCUUCUGUAGAAAAACAACCCAGAUCAUCCAGAUACCGAUCCGAAACGACAGGAGGUAAUACAGAGCCCUUGUACAGUACAGCAAACAUGGAUGUCCAGGAACUAGAGUCAAAAGCAGAGAGAAUAGCUAGGUACAAAGCAGAGAGGCGACGCCAGCUGGCAGAAAAAUAUGGAUUAACUCUUGAUUCUGAUUUGGAUUCUGACUACUCAUCCAGAUAUACGAGGGCAAGGAAAGAUCCUGACAAUGUGGAAAGAAAGGGAGUGAAAAGUGAAAGGCAGGAUGGUGAAAACAAGGACUAUGGCACACUCUAUUUGUCCAGGACUGAGACAAAGGCAUCAAAGAGUGUGAUUUCUGAUUCCAAAGAGUACUCCAGCCAUGAAGAUAAAGAUGACCUCUCAAAUGAAAAAAGUGUUAGAAAAGCAGAUGACAGUGCCAUUAGACAGGCUUCUGACCCUUCAGCAACCUUGGAUAGUUCUGUCUCCCUUUCACUUUCUGGACGAGAUUCUUCCUGCUAUAACGAAGUGCCAACAUCAAAGCAAACCCCCCGAGAGUCCCUCCCUUCACCAAAGCGGGCAGCCUCACCGACCCACUUGCAGAAUGACCAGCCCUUGCACAGUAACAGCAGACAAAGAGUAAAAGUUAGAGAGAAAUUGGUGAAAGAGGAAAGUGCUCGUGGAAGCCCUGAACUUGUCACAGACACAGUAUCUCAGAGAAAAUCCCAUCCAGUGCCAGCCCACUACAUGCCUCUUCAGACAGAACCGUCUGCCUUUGAUAGGGUUAUAAAUCAGCCCGUCAGUUCCGUCCGCCAGCCAAUCCAUGGCUAUAUCCAGCCUGCUGGCAUUGCUCACACAGCUCAGCUGAUGGCAGCAGAAGAACCAGCAAACACCCCUGUUGGCAGCCUGCUCCCGCCAGACAAUGUUAGCCUGGGAACAAAAUCCUCAGCAGUCACUACACCAGAGAGUGAAAAGAAAGAAGCAGCUGGUUACAGAGCAAAACCUAAUGAAGAAGAUUCCUUGGAGGGUGAACAGGCUUCCAAAGGCAGGAGGCCAAUUCUGCCAUCUGAGAUUCGCAAGCAAGGGAAGAACCAUGAAGGCCUCUUUGGAGAAGGAGAAUUGGAGACCCCUGUGGGGAGUUCCUCCUUUGCAAGCAAGUCGAAAGUUAACUCAGAAGUUCAGAGGGAGUUGGAAUGCAAUAAGAGGCAGGCCCCUGAGCAGCAGUUUAAGACCCCUGAGAACAUAGAAAGGAGUGAAGCUGUUAUGUACAUACAGAGUGGAUCUGUAUUGCAGCCUGACAAGGCAAAGGCUCCUGUUUGGAAAGUGUCAACAACAAAGCAUAAGGUCCUGACUCGCUCCAUGUCUGACUAUACUGUCACUACUAAGCUAGAACCUUUUAAAAGUAAAGAGAGUGUGGAAGGAAAUCCACCAAAUGGUGAGAUUGGCAUGGUUGACACAAAAGUCUCUGUUGCCCAGCUCCGUAAUGUCUUUCUGGAGUCUGCUAAUGCCAACAAGAAAACGGAACUUGAAUCUCGGUUUGAGAUGUCAACAGCAGGUAGUACUGUGUCUGCCAAUGGGGACCGUGAAAGAGGGCCGCGAAAAGCAAGGCGCUAUUUCACUCCUGGUGAAAAUAGAAAGACUUCUGAGAGAUUUAAAACUCAGCCUAUAACAUCAGCAGAACGAAAGGAGACAGAUAGGUCAAUUUUGUGUGCAGAAAUACCAACUGCUGACGAUGAAGAAAAAUUGGAUGACCGAGCCAAACUAAGCGUAGCUGCAAAGAGACUCCUUUUUAGAGAAAUGGAAAAAUCAUUUGAAAUGAAAAAUAUUCCCAAGCCACCUGCAAGAAGCUCGGCAGUGGAGAGGAGGAUGCGGCGUUUGCAGGACAGGUCUCACACCCAGCCCAUCACCAGUGAGGAGGUGGUCAUUGCAGCCACUGAAACUACCCCUGCUUCACGUUCUGUGAAUACCCACACAGUAGUGACAAGAGUACCUAGUCCCACUGUAGUUAAGAGCACUGUACAACCUACCAGCUUGCAGGCAUCAGCACACCAAAAAAUCUUAGCUAAAGAGGAGAUAAGAGCAGCCAAAGAGGCGAUGGGGCAAGAUCAGUCUGAAGAACCAGAUUCUUCCACCUUAAGUUUGGCAGAAAAGAUGGCUUUGUUUAACAAACUGUCUCAACCAGUAUCCAGGGCCAUCUCCACAAGGAAUCGGGGAGAUUUGAGGCACAGGAGAAUGAAUGCUCGUUACCAGACUCAGCCAGUCACUCUGGGAGAAGUUGAGCAGAUGCAAUGGAAAAAAAAUAAACUGGUACAAAAUGAAAGUGGAAAGAUUGCUCCCCUGUCAUCUGCAGUUGCAACAUCGAUUUCAGCGAUGGCCUCUGCCCUUGCUCCGUUGCUCGGGGACCUGCCCGGGAAGGCAAGGACUGAUGGAAGUGUGAGUGCUGCCACCAGGUUCCACUCUGCAGCAGAAAACUUGGACUCCUCAGGAAAACACACACACAAGUCAGAACAGUGGCAGCCCUCAGUGGAAGCACUAGAAAGCAGAAGAGCAUCAAAGAAACAUGAAGAAGAAAGAAAGAGGUUUCUAGCACAUGAAGCUAAUGAAAUAAAAAAGUACAGCUCCUUUGAGGAAGAAACCACACAUCCUGUUCCUGAAAAAACAGGAGACCACCAUAAAGAGACAACAUACAGCUUCCUGAGGAAGGGCAGCUUGGAACUGUUUAGUUCACAAGCACUUCUUCAGCCCCUGGAACAGAAGGAAAUCGAUACUGGCAUGCAAGGUAAAUGGGAAGACAAAAAAGGCCAGUCCUUUGAAGAAAAGAUGGAUUUGGACAGUGUUAUGAAAAGCAAGACUUGGCAAAGAGACCACGCUGAGCCUUCUUCUGAACUCACCAGCACAUCAGCCAUGAGGACAGUUUCACAAACAGGAGCUGCAGCAUCCUGUAGACUGCAGGAGCUUUCUGAACAAUUGGAAGGCAAAUUUUAUAAGAAUUCCUGUGAGAUGUUUUCCAUGGGAGAGAGCAAAGCACAAACAGCUGAGGAUGUCCUUGAUAAUUCCAGCAAAACUAUGUCAAUUAAGGAAAGGUUGGCACUGCUGAAGAAGAGUGGUGAAGAAGAUUGGAAGAGCAGGCUCAGCAAAAAGCAGGAGUAUGCAAAAGUGCCUGUCACUGAUCGUAGUGCACAGAUGCAAGAAGUUGAGCAGCUGUUGAAGAAGCAAAGAAUGUCAGAUAACCAGGAGAGUCAAAUGACCAUUGAGGAGAGGAAACACCUGAUUACAGCCCGAGAAGAAGCCUGGAAGUCCAAGGGAAAAGGAGCAGCUAAUGACUCCACACAGUUCACUGUAGCUGGCCGAAUGGUAAAAAAAGGCCUGGCUUCUCCCAGUGCACUCACACCAGUAGCGUCCCCUUUCCGGCAGAAGUCUACCACCCCAGUUACAAAGCCCUUGGAAGAAAUUGAAGCCAGGCCUGAUAUGCAGUUGGAAUCAGAUAUGAAGCUUGACAAGUUGGAGUCUUUCUUGGGAAGGCUGAAUAACAAAGUUGCUGGAAUGCAAGAGACAGUGCUGACAGUUACAGGAAGAUCUGUGAAAGAGGUGAUGAAGCUGGAUGAUGAUGAAACAUUUUCCAAAUUUUAUCGCCAUGUGGAUUUCCCUUCCUCCUCAGUGCCUUUGGACCUUGAUGAGGACUUCGAUGCCAUCUUUGAUCCUUAUGCACCAAAGUUGACAUCUUCUGUAGCAGAGCACAAACGUGCAGUCAGGCCUACACGCAGAGUGCAGUCCUCAAAGAACCCCCUGAAAAUGCUUGCAGCAAGACAAGAUAUUCUUCAUGAAUAUACUGAACAAAGACUGAAUGUUGCCUUCAUGGAGUCAAAGCGAAUGAAAGUAGAAAAAAUGUCUACAAAUUCAAAUUUCUCAGAAGUAGCACUUGCUGGCCUGGCAAGCAAAGAGAACUUCAGCAACAUUAGCCUGCGGAGUGUUAAUCUAACAGAGCAAAACUCUAACAACAGUGCUGUGCCAUACAAGAAGCUAAUGCUCCUGCAAAUUAAAGGAAGAAGACAUGUUCAAACAAGAUUAGUUGAACCAAGAGCCUCAUCACUGAACAGUGGAGACUGUUUCCUGUUGUUAACUCCACAUUUAUGUUUCUUGUGGGUAGGAGAGUUUGCAAAUGUCAUAGAAAAAGCAAAGGCUUCAGAACUUGCAACUUUAAUUCAGACAAAGAGGGAACUUGGCUGUAGAGCUUCUUAUAUACAGACUAUAGAAGAAGGAAUAAAUACCCAUACCCACGCAGCCAAAGACUUCUGGAAACUCCUUGGUGGACAGACAAAUUACCAGUCCGCUGGAAGUCCUGAAGAGGAUGAAAUGUAUGAAGCUGCAAUAAUAGAAACAAAUUGCAUUUACCGCCUCGUAGAGGAUAAACUCAUUCCUGAGGAUGACUACUGGGGAAAGGUGCCAAAAUGUACCCUGCUACAACCAAAAGAGGUGCUGGUGUUUGAUUUUGGCAGUGAAGUAUAUGUAUGGCAUGGAAAAGAAGUUACCUUAGCACAAAGAAAAGUGGCAUUCCAGCUGGCAAAACACUUGUGGAAUGGCACCUUUGACUACUCCAAUUGUGAUAUAAAUCCUCUGGACCCAGGAGAAUGCAAUCCUCUUAUACCCAGGAAGGGACAAGGACGCCCAGACUGGGCUGUGUUUGGCAGGCUCACAGAACAUAAUGAGACGAUACUGUUCAAAGAAAAAUUUCUUGAUUGGACAGAACUGAAGAAACUCAAUGAGAAGAAUUCUAGUGAAUCCCUUCACCAGAAGGAAGAAUCCAAAUCUGACUCUAAACCAUAUGAUGUCAUGUUGAUGGUAGCUGUGCCUCAAACAACUGUGGGCACAGUCUUGGAUGGAAUGAAUAUUGGCCGGGGUUAUGGACUGGUAGAAGGAGAAGAUGGAAGGCAGUUUGAAAUUAUCACUGCCUCUGUGGAUGUCUGGCACAUCCUGGAAUUCGAUUAUAGUAGACUGCCUAAGCAAAGCAUAGGGCAGUUCCAUGAGGGAGACACAUAUGUGGUGAAGUGGAAGUACAUGGUGAGCACUACAGUUGGAAGCAGACAAAAAGGAGAGCAACAAGUACGGGCUGUUGGAAAAGAGAAAUGUGUGUAUUUCUUUUGGCAAGGAAGGCACUCCACAGUGAGUGAGAAAGGAACAUCAGCACUCAUGACAGUGGAACUUGAUGAAGAAAGAGGAGCACAGGUACAAGUGCUUCAAGGGAAAGAACCACCAUGCUUCUUGCAGUGUUUCCAAGGAGGGAUGAUUGUGCAUGCUGGAAGAAGGGAAGAGGAAGAAGAAAAUGCACAAAGUGAUUGGAGGCUUUAUUGCGUGCGAGGAGAAGUUCCCAAUGAAGGAAACUUACUGGAAGUAGCGUGUCACUGCAGCAGCCUGCGCUCCAGGACAUCCAUGAUUGUCCUCAAUAUCAACAAAGCUCUCAUCUACCUGUGGCAUGGCUGCAAAGCACAGUCUCACACCAAGGAUGUAGGAAGAACAGCAGCCAAUAAAAUAAAAGAACAGUGUCCGCUGGAGGCAGGGCUGCACAGCAGCAGCAAGGUGACGAUUCAUGAAUGUGAUGAAGGGUCAGAGCCCCUGGGAUUCUGGGACGCACUGGGGAGGAGAGAUCGAAAGGCCUAUGAUUGCAUGUUGCAAGAUCCUGGAAAGUUUAAUUUCACACCCCGCCUGUUCGGCCUCAGUAGUUCAUCAGGAGAAUUCUCAGCCACUGAGUAUGUUUACCCUUCAAGAGACCCUGCUGUCAUCAAUUCCAUGCCAUUCUUGCAAGAGGAUCUUUACACUGCCCCACAGCCAGCACUCUUCCUUGUUGACAAUCACCAUGAAGUGUACCUGUGGCAAGGCUGGUGGCCUGUGGAGAACAAAAUCACUGGAUCAGCUCGAAUCAGGUGGGCUACAGACAGGAAAUGCGCCAUGGAGACAGUGCUCCGGUACUGCAAAGGAAAAAAUGUAAAGAAGCCCCCGAAAUCCUAUCUAAUUCAUGCUGGCCUAGAGCCUCUGACGUUCACUAAUAUGUUCCCAAGUUGGGAGCACAGGGAAGACAUCGCUGAGAUCACAGAAAUGGACGCUGAUGUUUCUAAUCAGAUAAUACUUGUAGAGGACGUACUGGCCAAGCUGUGUAAAACAGUGUAUCCAUUAGCAGAUCUCUUAGCUAGGCCUCUGCCUGAGGGAGUUGAUCCACUGAAGCUUGAAAUUUACCUUUCAGAUGAGGACUUUGAGGUUGCAUUGGAGAUGACAAGAGCGGAGUACAAUGCACUGCCAUCUUGGAAGCAGGUUAACCUGAAGAAGGCAAAAGGACUUUUCUAAGCCAUGUUCAUGGAAGUGAGCACUUAAAGGGAUGUUCACUCUCACUUUCUAUGUCAUUUAGAAGAUUUGUACCCUACAUUUACAGAACAAAUAAAAAUAAUCUGAAGUUAUUAGUGACUACCUAUCUGGAGGUGUGUAAUAUUAUAAUAAAAGGCCAAGAGAACUCUUUGAAAAUGGAAUUCAAUUUUGACUCUUAAAGGUAAUGGGUUUAAGCUCCGUUCUCCUAUGCACUUAAACAGUAGUUUCUUGAGCUACUGCUGCAGGUGUCCUUUGGUUAUAUCCAAUACUUGCCAUUUUUGUUUUUAAAGAAGUUCUCUUUGUAAAGUGUUAUUUUGUUAGUUUGUGGAUUACAAAGAAUUUAUAUUUAUAUAAACACAUAGAACAAGUAUGUAUUUAACAAUGCAAUAUAUAGUCACUUUCAAGACUUCCAUGUCAAAACUACAGAAAAGUAGCUGGAUGGCAGUUGCUUGUACCAAAUUAGCUAUACCACCAAUAUAUAUCUCCUUUGCAUUCUGAAAAGUUUCUCUUUGCAAUAGUUAAUGAAUUGUUCUCAGUGCUGCUUCAGGUGCUAAACCGAACAAAGCAUUUGUAUUUAUAGCAUGGAUUUCUUGAGAAACUAUGCGAAUCAACCUUUAUACUUUAUAUCCAAAAAUGUAUAGUGCCUUGUUUUUUGUGUACAGUUUAUAUACAAAAAAAAAGAUUGGUCUGCAUUUUGAAGAUGGCUUAGAACAGUCUCCUAUGUUACUUUUAUAAUAGUAGAAAUAAAAACAUCUCAAUUUCUAAUACUUGUUGUAAACAUUAAACAUGUCUUUUGUGAUAUAAGAACCGAAAGUAAAAGCUUCUGAAUAAACUCUUAGCGAUGCUCUGACUUGUCA